ACAUUUCAAAACGGCAAGAUAGAGAGUAAACAGCUAGCAGCACAACAGAAAAUAGUGGCUCUCGUCGAAUACGGACGGUGUAAAAAUAAACGCGCUUCGGCACCAAAUUCCAAAAAUAUCGUUGACCGCAAAUAAAACUAUACAAUACCGAAUUCGAUCAAAUAGAAGCCAAAGCGAGGCAACUAAUUAAUUCCGACUUAAAAACCAAAUCACACAGCAAAAGAAUCCAACAUGUUCAGCUCGAUUUCAGAUGCAUCGAAAUCCUCGUUGAAGAGCAUUGGCGACAAGACCGCCAGUCUGUUCAGCAAGAAGAAGGAUGAGGCUGAGAAAUUGGCCAACGACAAGGCUGUCGAGGCUCAGAAGCUAGCGGAGGAGCAGGCCAAGAAGGUUGGUCAGUCCGUGCAGCAGACGAAGAACGAGGCCGAGCAGUUGGCCACGAGCACAGCCAAGGAUGCUGCCGCUCUGGCCACCGCCGAGGCCCAGAAGGCUGGACAGGCGAUCGAUCAGGGUGUCAAUCGCGCUGCUGGAGCUGUCAACCAGACCAAGCAGGCUGUGGAUAACACCGUCCAGCAGGCAAGUGCCGCCGCCCAGAACUCCAAGCAGGUGGCAGCCAACAUUGCCGAUGCUUCGCAGCGCGCAGCCGCCAAUGCCGUGGAUCAGACCAAGAAGGCAGCAAACGACGCCAUCAACAAGAGCGUCAAGGCCGCCGAGACCGUGGCCGACCAGAAGCUGAAGCAGGCUGAGGGUGCCAUCGAUGGGGCGCUCAAGCAGACUAGCCAGGCGGUGGACCAGAAGCUGACCGAGGCCAACCAGUACGUUGAUCAGAAGCGCGGAGCAGCUGAGAAAAGUUUCCAAGAGGCCGCCAGCCACGCCCAGGAGAGCGCCGGACAGCAGGCUACCCAGCUGCUGGGAAAACUCAGCCUGGCCCCCAAGUAGAUUCUGUCUGCCCAUCCCACAAUAUCGGCAGCCCAAAUAAUUUCGUGUGUAUGUAAUUAAACAAGAAAAUGCUUUAGAAACAAAAAGGAAUUUGCUUCAACGUAACAAGUGCCAGCAAUGUGAUUGCUAAAUCCUCAAUUUAAAUUGAAAUACAGAUAUUUUUGGAUUACUUUGCAGCUUUUGCUAUGAACAUUUCACCACAUUUCUAUCUAUCUAUAUACUAUUACCUACAGAGUGUAAUUAACGUUUCCUUUGUUUCUUUUUCGAAAAUUUUUGUUACUUUGAGGCAUUUGAUAUAUUUUAUAUAUACGUACAGUAACGAAGAUGAUUUAUGCUUUUAAUAUACGUAUAUGUAUUCUGUUUAUGUAGAAAUGUAUGAUUAAGUACUUUUAACUUUUGCACAAUACAUUAAAAAUGUGUGUUUAAACAA